AUGAUGCGCUCCACCCGUGCAGCCGCCGCAGAGGAGACAUGGGAUAAGAUGCUCUCGGCCAUGGAAACGCCCGCGAGAACGAUUGCGCCCAAGCGAAGAGGCAGCUUGGCAGACGUCGGCCCGAGCAAGAAGUACAAGAGCAUCUCGCCACGGCCAGCCGCUGAUUUUUUUUUCGGGGCUCUGCAGAGGCGGCUGCAGCUGCCGCAAACGAGCAGCUGGACGGGGCCGACUUGUUGCUGGCCGUAUCGAGAGGCCUUGGCCACAAGGCCUCACUUUCGUCUGCAGGCAUGUGACACAUGUCGCCACAAGAAGGUCAAGUGCAACUGGGGCAUUGUAAGUGGAACAGACCGAAAUCUCGUGGCCACAUGGACUGACCAGGCCAGGAGAACCAACGAGAAGGUGGCCGUGCUGCUGGAGCGCGUCGCCCGACUGGAGCAGUCGCUCGAGUCGCUCCGGGACGAAGUCAGGCUGCGAGACUACACGGCUGCAUGCGACGUUUCCGUUCACGAUGCUGCCAGAGCUGUUGCCCGGCUCUACCAGACGCCUCCAGACACUGUGUUGUCAGCCAAGAGCCCGCUCUACAGCCACGGGCCAGUAGCCAUUGAGGCCGUCGAGUCGCCUCUGAGCCUUCCGCCCGAUUUUUCCACCACAACUACUACAAACCCCUCCAGAUUCGCGUCCACGACACCCUUCGCCUGCGAGGAACGACGAGCUCCGUUGCCGAACCUGCUCGCUCUCGAAGCUCCCACAGACGCGGACGAGAUCAUGGCCCAUGUCGACAGCUACCUCGGUCAGCCGUACGAUCUGUUCCCGCUGAUGUGCAAGAGCUCCGCGUACGCGGUCGCCGUGUCAGUGCGCAAGGACGGCCUGCAGCCCAACCUGCAGUCUUGCUAUGCGCUGCUGAUGGUCGCGUUGGCCAAGGCCUAUGCCGAUCCCGAGUGCGUUGACAGCGGCCUGGCCGACUUCCAGAUGGCCGGUCAGAUCCGCGGCCGUCUCGGCGAACAGCUCAACCUCGAGUCCGUCGUCGUCCAGUUCCUCAUCACCAUCUUCCUGCUCAAGAAGGGCCUGAUGAUCAACUUUGCCCUCGCGCUGCAUGCCGCCUGCUCGUCGCUCUAUACGCUCAUCAAGAGGGACCAAGCAUCCGGCAUCGAGCGCGACAAGAGCGACCGCAACACGAUAUCGUCAAGCUUCUGGAUCGGCCACAAUCUGGAGAGAGAUCUCGUCCGCGAGAUCGAUGACACCUUUCCGCAGAGCUCCCUGCAUCUGCUGGCCGAAGGCUUCAUCCUACCGCUGGGAUGCGACGACUCGCCGAGCCCGAGCGCGCCGCCAAUCAUCCGCGACGAGAUCAUGUUCUUCUUCGCCGAGAUGGCCCUCCGAGCUGUCACGGCGCGCAUCUUGACCACGCCCUACUGGAAGAUUGGCGGCGCCGACCGUCCAGAAGCCGGACCACCAGAAAUCUCUCCCCUGCUUCCGGAGCUGCGCGGCCAGCUGGACGAGUGGCUGCUCCGCAUGCCUGCCAGUCUGGACUGGUCCACAGAGCCGGUCAGGGGCUCGAACUCGCCCGUGGUGGCCCGACUGAAGAUCCUCUACUGGUUUGCGCGCUUCUCUUUGGCCCGGCCUCUGAUCGUCGAGGCCCUCCGCAAUCCAGCCUUCUCUCUGCCCCUCCAGGGCUGGGUCCUCUUUCAAGACGGCAUAAUGUCGGCCAUGAAGGUGCUCAAGGUUCUUCUCUGGGAGGAAACCGAACUCGAUUUCCUUAUGGGCAAUAGGUAUGCUUGA